AUGUACCUUCUUCACAUCAAACCUCAUCCUCGCGAUCCUCACACGAAUCCCUCGUUCAAGUUGGAAUUCUUCCAAGAUAAUUUCCCCCCAUACGCGAUCCUCUCUCACAGGUGGGGUUCGUCGUCUGACGAGGUCACUUUCCAAGAGAUUCAGACCGAGGAUGAGGCGGCAAAGUCGAAGAAGGGUUAUGCAAAGAUCCAGGCUUGCUGCACUCGGGCGUUGGACUACCACCUCCAGUAUGCCUGGAUCGACACAUGCUGCAUCGACAAGUCUAGCAGCGCAGAGCUUUCCGAAGCCAUCAACUCCAUGUACGCCUGGUAUGAAGCCUCAACCAUAUGCUUUGCAUAUCUCGACGAUGUGCCCAUGGCAGGCUCAAUUGAAUUGCAUGCUGCCAACUCGCCCUUCCGACAGAGUGCCUGGUUCACACGAGGGUGGACGCUACAAGAGCUAAUUGCCCCUGCUGAAGUCUAUUUCAUCAGCAACACAUGGAGUCGAUCUUCCUUGGGAUCCAAGACUCUGAUAGCCUCCUUACUCGAAGAGAUCACAGGGGUUGAAGCUGAGAUCCUGCGUAACCGCGACAAGUUGCAUGAUGCCAGCGUAGGAGCGCGAAUGUCGUGGGCGUCAAGGCACGUGACCACAAGGAUUGAAGACGAAGCAUACUCCCUGAUGGGAAUCUUUGGCGUUUGUAUGCCGGCAAUCUACGGCGAAGGCCGCAAGGCUUUUCAUAGGCUACAGGGCGAGAUUAUGAGGACGAAUCCGGAUCACACGAUCUUCGCAUGGUCAAUGCCUCACGACCUGCCCUGCCCAGAAGACAUCGGCAUGCUAGCACCUUCGCCUCGCAUGUUCCGCAAUUUCAGCGGCCGCAGGGUAGUCGACUACAAGACAUUCGUCAACACAUUCCCACACAGCACCAAUCGCAUGAAGCCUGAUUUCAGCAUCACGAAUUUUGGCCUGCACAUACACCUACCAUUGAUGAAGUUGGACGAGUUCUUUGAAGGUUAUUACCUCGCAUUUCUGGCUUGCUCACCUCUUCCGCGGCAUGAUGCUAUGGAUCUCGGUGGGAAGCAGUGGCAUGCCUCGCGCGAGGAUCGGGGCUACGCUCAGCUCAAGGAAGACAACACCCGGCAUAGUCACCUGUCUCCGACUGAUCCGGCCCAUGAUGAACACCUGCGCCUUCUCCGGACCACAGCUCACAGCUACACAUCACUGAUUCACGGCAUCAUCGCCAUGUACUCGUCGCGAUAG